GCGCCGUUCUGGCAGCCGUCUCGGUGGCGAGGUGUGUCGUCAUCAGCGAGCGCCCCAAGCGCUGGGCGGCGACGGGCAGCCCCGGUGGCAGUUUCUUCUCCUUCCAGAGCUUUGAUGCACACAAUCGAUUUGUGAGAAGAAAAAAAAUAAUAAAAAAUGACAACUCAGUAUAGUAUUCUCUUCAAGCAAGAACAAGCGCACGACGAUGCAAUUUGGUCAGUUGCUUGGGGCAAAAACAGGAACGACGGCUCGGAGACCGUAAUCUCAGGCUCUCUGGAUGACCUGGUGAAAGUCUGGAAAUGGAAUGAGGAGAAGCUGGACCUCAAGUGGACUUUAGAAGGUCAUCAGCUGGGUGUCGUUUCAGUGGACAUUAGUCACACAGGCACAGUUGCUGCGUCCAGCUCAUUAGAUGCUCACAUCCGCAUUUGGGACUUGGACACUGGCAAACAGAUCAAGUCAAUAGAUGCUGGGCCAGUUGAUGCUUGGUCGCUGGCUUUUUCUCCCGACUCCCAGUAUGUGGCAACUGGAAGCCACAUCGGAAAAGUCAACAUAUUUGGCGUUGAGACUGGAAAAAAAGAAUAUUCCUUGGACACUCGAGGGAAAUUCAUCCUAAGCAUCGCCUAUAGUCCAGAUGGAAAAUAUCUCGCCAGCGGAGCUAUCGAUGGGAUUAUCAAUAUUUUUGAUAUUGCAACUGGGAAACUUCUCCACACGCUGGAAGGUCACGCCAUGCCUAUCCGUUCCCUGACGUUUUCUCCAGACUCUCAGUUACUUGUGACUGCGUCAGAUGAUGGCUACAUCAAGAUAUACGAUGUACAGCAUGCCAACUUGGCAGGCACUCUGAGCGGCCACGGUUCUUGGGUAUUAAAUGUAGCCUUUUGCCCUGAUGAUACCCAUUUUGUUUCCAGCUCAUCAGACAAAACGGUCAAAGUUUGGGACGUGCCUUCUAGGACCUGCGUCCACACCUUCUUUGACCAUCAAGACCAGGUCUGGGGCGUGCAGUACAACGGGAACGGCUCAAAAAUUGUCUCUGUUGGGGACGAUCAAGAAAUACACGUUUAUGAUUGUCCUGUGUAAAAAGAUUUCUGCUUGCGAGAGCUAUUGAGACUUAACAAUAUUGCAUUCCAAAGUGGUGUAAACCUCUCUACAGCAUUUGCCCGUCGAUGACCUCACAAAGCUAAGCAGUAUCGGGCUCCGUUCCUGUGUGUGAAGGACUGCUCCAAACUUUUUGUGAGGUUCCCCACAGAAAUAAUCACACAAUUUCCAUCCAGAGUAACCAUGAAGAGUUUUCACACCAAAAAAAUGGUCCUGAUAUUUUAUUUGAUAAAAUAUCUAUUAAAUAAUCUAAACAGU